CAGCUGUGUACCUAUUUCAGAAUGGGACAGACACUUUAACAACCUCAUCUGGUGACGGUGAGCAGCAGUUGACCAGUUAACCAACAGUUAGGAGAACUGAGUCACUGGUGUUGCCAGUGCUGAUUACAUUUUAAGAAGAAAUAAUUCGUGGAUUGUGAGUGGCCAAGACCAGCAUUUAAAGUCCAUCCAUAAUUGCCCUUGAGGAAUGUUUACCCUCACAGAAGUUGCAUCUCUUAAUGACAUACAGGCAACCUAUCGAAUUCUGAAACCAUGGUGGGAUGUAUUCAUGGAUUAUUUAGCCAUUGUAAUGCUCAUGGUUGCUAUAUUCGCUGGCACCAUGCAAUUGACCAAAGAUCAAGUCGUAUGUCUUCCUGAGCCCUUAUCAGAGGAGAGGUCAGAAAGCCAACGCAGCACCACUGAGAGCCCUGCAAAAGUUCCCAAAACAUCCGUCAUGCCAGAUUUAGAAAGCGCCAUGUCUUCAAGAGGGAGCCGGAAUCAUGCUACUGGGGAAACCUUUGAAGGCGUGCCUCCGUUGUCGGCUGACCACCCUGAAGAUGGAGAGCAUUCUGGAAGCAAAGGCCCUUUCAACUUUGGGCGCCCGACGAAUUUGGAGUAUCAGCAAUAUAUUUUCAUCAAUCAGAUGUGCUACCAUGUGGCCUUGCCCUGGUAUUCCAAGUACUUUCCCUAUCUUGCAUUAAUCCAUACACUCAUCCUGAUGGUCAGCAGCAAUUUCUGGUUCAAGUACCCCAAGACCAGUUCAAAGAUCGAGCACUUUGUUUCCAUUCUGGGGAAGUGUUUUGAGUCACCCUGGACCACAAAAGCACUCUCUGAAACGGCAUGUGAGGACUCUGAGGAGAACAAGCAACGUUUUAAGACCUCUGUGGCAAAGCAUUUAUCAACUGGUAGUGAGGAAGAGAGCCCCAGCUCCAGCACGCCCAUGAUAUCCAGGACUGGACCUAAAUUUUCUGCUGAGAAACCAGUCAUCGAAGUUCCCAGCAUGACUAUUUUAGACAAGAAGGAUGGGGAACAGGCUAAAGCCCUUUUUGAAAAGGUUCGUAAAUUUCGUGCUCAUGUAGAAGAUAGUGAUUUGAUAUAUAAACUCUAUGUUGUCCAGACAGUCAUAAAGACGGUGAAGUUAAUGUUCAUUUUAUGUUAUACACUGACUUUUGUGACUUCUAUAAACUUUAAUCAUAUCUGCAAACCAGCAAUAGAACAUUUAACCGGAUAUGCUCAGUUUUACUGUACUCACAACAUGGCUUUUAUGCUGCGAAAAUUAUUAAUUAGUUAUAUUGCACUCAUAUGUGUUUAUGGACUGGUUUGUAUAUAUACUUUGUUUUGGCUGUUUAGGCGGCCCUUGAAGGAAUAUUCGUUUGAAAAGGUCCGUGAAGAAAGUAGUUUUAGUGACAUUCCAGAUGUUAAGAAUGACUUUGCAUUUCUGCUACAUAUGGUCGACCAGUAUGACCAACUUUACUCAAAGCGCUUUGGAGUCUUCCUGUCAGAGGUGAGUGAAAACAAACUGAGGGAACUCAGUUUGAACCAUGAGUGGACUUACGAGAAACUCAAACAGCACGUCUCUAGGAAUCCUCAGGACAAGCAAGAGCUGCACCUGUUCAUGCUUUCCGGGGUGCCUGAUGCGGUGUUUGACAUGACCGAGCUGGAGAUACUGAAACUAGAGCUGAUUCCUGAGGCAAAGAUUCCUGCCAAAAUUUCCCAAAUGACCAACCUUCAGGAGCUGCACCUUUACCAUUGCCCAGCUAAAGUGGAGCAAACUGCUUUCAGCUUCCUCCGGGACCACCUUAGGUACCUGCACAUCAAGUUCACGGAUGUCGCAGAAAUUCCCACCUGGGUCUAUCUGCUUAAAAACCUGCGUGAACUCUACCUGGUUGGUAAUCUGAACGCUGAAAAUAAUAAGAUGAUCGCUUUAGAGUCACUGCGAGAAUUGAAGCACUUGAAGAUCUUACAUUUGAAGAGCAAUUUGACCAAAAUUCCUUCGAACAUCACUGAUGUUGCACCUCAUCUCACCGCUCUGCUGGUUCACAACGAUGGAACAAAACUUUUGGUUCUGAACAGUUUGAAGAAAAUGAUUAAUCUCACUGAGCUGGAGCUGCAGAACUGUGAGCUGGAACGAAUCCCACAUGCCAUUUUCAGCUUGACCAACUUGCAGGAACUGGACUUGAAAUCCAACAAUAUUCGCACAAUCGAAGAGGUGAUAAGUUUUCAACAUCUGAAGCGCUUGACAUGCCUGAAGUUGUGGCACAACAAAAUCAUCACCAUUCCUUCAUCCAUCAGCCUGGUGAAAAAUCUUGAGCUGCUUUACCUUUCUCAGAAUAAACUGGAAUCUCUCCCGGCAGCACUCUUCACAUUGCAGAAGCUGAGAUAUCUCGAUGUAAGUCACAAUUCUAUUGCUGUCAUUCCAGUGGAGAUCAUGUCCCUACAGAAUUUACAGUAUUUUGCAGUGACAGGAAACAGAGUGGAAAUUUUGCCAAAGCAGGUUUUUAAGUGCACAAAGUUGCGGGUUUUGAAUGUGGGCCAAAACUGCAUUACUUCCAUUUCAGAAAAGAUUGGCCAGCUAGUGCAGCUCUCGCAGCUGGAGCUGAAAGGGAACUGCCUGGACAGACUUCCAGCAGAGUUAGUCCACUGCCGCCUUCUGAAGAAAAGUGGGCUUGUCGUUGAGGAUCACCUCUUUGACACCCUGCCCCCUGAGAUUAAAGACCUCUUUAAUCAAGACUUUAACUCAAACUCGACAUUUGGCACAGGAAUAUAAAUUAUUGUAGCAGCUUCAGGACUGAAUAUUUGCUUGUUAACUGGAAAAAUAUGUAUAAAAUAGAUCAAGGUACAUAAACAUGGCAAGUGUUUAAAAACUAGUUAAAGGUGAUGCUAGUUUUUUUUUUGCCCUGAUAAAGCGCUCAAAUCAUUGUAAUAAAUUGUAACCAAUGAACUAACUGUUGGUCACUGGCUGUCUUACCCAAGUCUGUUAAUGAUGGAAUAUUUGUUCAUAUAUCUUUGUUUUGUAAAUGGAUUUAAUUUAUUCUUGACAUUUUAAAAGAGAACUUUUUUUGAUUUCUAUAUCCUGUCCAAGAGUGCUGUCUCGCUCCAAAUGCAUGGCCUCUUUCAACUCUGCUGAGCUGGCCUUUACAAGAUUUGAGAGUGGAGCAUUAGUCCACUUUAAAUUUUUCAUUUCAUUUCCCUUCUUGAGGGAUCCUGCAGCUUGGUUCCUUUCCUGUUUUAGUCGCCAUUUUAUGAUCAGAAAUUUGUUACAUUGGACAUUAUAAAACCUGUAUUUGUGUCUUUCUGGUACCACAUCUGUUUUUGUCCAUUGUUCCUGUAGGGAGAGGGUUGAGUUGCAGGUUCUCAAAUUGUGGCGUCUAGCGCACACAACUUGACAAUGUCUGGCUCCCAGCACCAAUUUCAGCUUGUUUCUAAAUAAAGGAAAACAAACUUAAUUCAAAGUAAUUUUCUAUUUGCUUAUUUAAAAGGAGGUAGGGCUAAGGAGUAUAAUUUGAGUAAAGCCCUCUGAGCAGUGCUACGCACCUUUUUUUUAUUAUUAUUAUGUCGAAUGUACCCGCCUUUUCAGAGGUGUCUUCAGCCUAGCAAACUGGUGUUCAGCCAUGUUGGACCUCAACACCUAGAAAUCCCUUUCUGAUAAACUUUUUAAUCAAGGUGCGUGUCCAGUGUUUCAGAUUGAUUUUAUAACAGUAAUAUUUUAUCUUGGUGUUGCUAUUAGCCCUUGGUAGAUGUCGAAAUAGGAGGGGGGCAUAAAGGAAAGAUGAAUACCUGUAGCUUUUCAUCUACUUGGCCAACUCAAAAGCAAUCUACAGACACACCGGGUUUUCUGAAAGUAAAUGAAGUUGCUCUGGGAUGCCCCUUGGAUGUCUUUCGCCAACAUAUGGCAUGCUUGGUUCUUAGGGAGACCUGAAAUUAUACCAAAUACUUCAUUUAAAUUAAAGGUCCCUGCUAGCAGGGAUUAAAACAAAUUUUUCAGUACUUAUGAAAAACACAUUCUCUGGCCUCUUCUGCUUUUUCAAGUGUUGGAAAAUCCCAGCAAAGCUUUUAAUGGCCGGCUAUUAGCUGGCUGAAGGGCAUAAGAAUUCAGAAAUCUGAUUUAAAACAAAAAAGCUUUUUCUUGAGAAAAAUAUAGUUACAAUAGUUUUGUUAAUUGGCAUAAAUUGCAGAGAUUUAUGAAUGAAGGGGAACUUUGAUCUUGUUAUCAUAUCUCUGUAAAAGCCACAAUAGAACUCCCUAGCUGGAAUCCACACCGUUCUGUCUACAUUUGUUUGGUGCUUGUGUUUUUCCAUGUCUCUGUACCUUUGCAACUGAAUAAUCCAUAGUGCUGAAACUCUCUCAGCAAGAUCUGUUGAUAUAUGGAAAAGAAGAUGAGAUUAGAAUUUCAAUGAUGUCGGAGUUAAUGAGGAAUUGAACCUGAAAGAAAGACCGUUACUCUGUUCCAAGAUGGGCCUACAAUAAGAUCAAUAUCAUUGGUCGGUGCUUCCAACUGUUAAAAACUGCAUCUUGGAAAGAAAUGUAUAGUGCCUUUCAUGUUUUCAGGACUUCAUAAAAAUGAGUCAUUACUUGCAGUGUAAUCAGUGGCACAAUGUAGACAUUUAUAUACUGCACAGUCCUUUACUUUUUUUUUUACAAAAAAUUAUGAUUGUUUUGUUAAUUUACUGAACAAUCUAAAACAAAAAGCAAUGCACAACUGGUCCAUCAGUAUCCAGAUAUAUAAGAGCUUAAACGUUUUAGAUACAGGCUCUUUGUCAGACAGAAAUCUUUCUCCCGACGUUCACAGACCUGAUGUUUACUUCAAGAAUCUGGAUAUCUUUGAACAUAAAUAUUAUCUUUGGUGAUACCAAUAGAUAAUCUUUUAAUCACAAUUCAUAAUUACCUAGUAAUAAUACUGCCAUUAACCUCUGAACUGAACAAUAUCAUACAAACAAGUUUACAGUUUGUCCUGCUACUACUAACAUAACGACCUGGACCCUAGAUUGAGGUCCUUGCAAUGUGCAGUCAAGAUGACAAAAAUCUGCAAUUAAGAAGACUUGCAUUUUGAAAGUGAUGAAAUCAAGUUUUAAAAAACUGUGCUAGGUUGUAGAUAUGGGAGGAAUGUAGGUUAAUUGGGGUUUUCUUUUAGUUGAAAUUCUGUGCCUGAAUCUUGGUAAAAUCAGAUCAGUUUAUUCGAACACAAUGUGCAAUCAGAAAAAGAAAGAGGAUGGCAGAUCCUUCAUGGUAAAUGCAUUUAACAGGAACCCAGAUGAGUACAGGAGUGAAAAUGGUAGAGUUACAGCAACCAAGGGUGGGAGGAGGUUCAUGGAGCACAAGAACUGGCAUGGUCAAAUUGAGUCAACUGUGCUGCACAUUAUGUAACUAUAGGUAAGAAUUCAGGGAAUUGUUAGUAUAUAGAAUCCUGCCGAAUGCGAUACGUUCUCACGCUGAGUUGAUUCCAGUUCAGAUCUGUAGUGCAACAAUCAGCAUUUAUCUACUUCAGAACAUCGGUUCUUAUGCUCUCUUUGGACACACAAAAACCUGCUUGGUUCAGCACAAAACUGGCUUUGCACACAUGUUGAAAAUUCAUCUCCCAGCUAGCUGAGAGAUUUUAGCGCUCAAGUCUGAAGAGUAAAUGUGCUGAAAGAUUGUGUAAAGUGCCACACUCUAUGCCACAUGGUUUAUCUGAACGUGCAUUUACUGCAUAGAUGCAAAGCCAUGACAAGUGUGCAAGAAUAUUUUUUAAAUCAGUUUUAUGUGGCAACAUUCCAAGCACAAAAAAACACAUGCAAAUGACCCAAAUUGUAGUUCAGAAUUUGACAGUCAGUGCUCUGUUCAAAUUGGGGAAUGACCUGUUUUUGUUUAAAUUAGGCACACCAAUUGGACACUAUGGACAGAGGCAUUUUUACAUACUGAACAAUUGCAUGUUAAUUGUAGUGCAAAUAAAAGGUCUCUAUUUUUGAAUUUUAUUUCUAAAUGACCUGAUUGAAUGUGAACCCACAUCUUAUAUGUUUGGGUUGAUUGUACUGCAUUGUAGAGUUGGUUUUUUUCGCUGCUAAUACAUAUUCUUGGAUGUUUGAAAGAUAUUGAGAAAGAUGUUGAUCUCUGAUAAUAAAACAGACAUUAUCGGAAUGACUACCCAAUAUCCAUCCAGCCUGAAGCUCAGUUCUGUUAUAAUUAAUGGAAUGCAAUAUCAAGUGCUGUAUCGAAUGGAUUUCUGAUUGUAUUCUGCCACUUCUGAGAUAAAUUUCUCCUGAGUUUAUAAUCACUCAUUCCAUGGUGACUUAAAGAAAUUACUGAACAGUGUUGGUUUAGCUCUUGCAUGCCUAUAUAUAAAUGUUUCUCAUUUUGGUUGUCAGAAGCCAAUUAUUUCAACUAAGGUGUGACUUCCAACAUAUGUCUCGUUGAACUUUGCCUUCAAGUCAGAAAUGUUUAGGUAAUGCACAAUUAAUUGUUAAGCAAACCAGUCUCAGUUGCUUUCAGUUCAAAGGUGCUUGAAAUUUUCACUUCCUGUGUCCUGCUAUACAAGCAGGGUUUUUAUCAUAAAGGUUAUGACUGCCCUCUAGUGCAAAUUCAUUGGCAUAGUCAGUGAAAUGUACCAGAAGCAGUCUGGUUCCUGGCUCCUACCUCCAACUGUGAAUCGACAGAUGCCCAAAAAGACCAAAACCAGUGUCUGUAUUUACAAGCUUCACUGACUAAAAAUGCACUAAGUUGGUUUGAGAUGAAUCCGUUUUUCCUUACUGAGUAGGUUCUUACACGUAUUAAAGUCUGCCAUUUGUAUAAAGUAUUAAAAAGCAGUUUACUGAUUACAAAUUGAUUAGCAGUCAGUAAUGAACUAUUGCUUAAUUAACGCUAUCCUUCCCGUUGGAGUCUUGUUAAAGUGCAAGUUCUACCCAAUUUCUAACCUUGGUGUUCUGAAACUUAUUGGGUGAAAUUGGUCCUGUUUUUGUCAAUGGUAUUGACAGCAGGAAAUGGCAGAAAAACAAAGAUGUCUUGAUCCAACCUGAAUGCCUAAGUAUUAAUGUUGCAUAUUUUGAGGACAGUGUUAAUAUUUUUUUCUGCACUCUGAGCUUCAACAUAUAGAAGCCACAGUAUUCCAGUAAAGGUUGGGAAAGUUGGUGCAGAAAUUGAGUAGGCACAGUUAGUCUCAUGGGCAUUUUUGUUUGAUGUCGCUACCUCGGAUUUCAUGUUCGCUAUUGUCCAUGCUUUUAUUGAACAAAUAUGAACAGCACAUCCAAUGAUUGGAGACCCUUCCAAAUCGCACAUUUUAUAAUGGUAAACAGGACUCAAUUGUGCAAUUAGGACUGUUUUCUGUCAAUCUCAGUUUAAUUUUAAUUUUAACCUAUCAAAUUUUGACUUAGCAAAUUCGACAGUGCCAACUCUUGAGAAACAGCCAAACUACUGGAGAAGACGAGAAAGAUGAAAAGAAUUUCAUGGUGUAGCUUAGGAUUUUUUAAAACAUUUUCAGAAGCAAAAGAUCGAGCAACAAAAUAAUGGCAUACCAAAAUGUAUUAUGGAAUUAUAGUAAUACAAUAAAGAUGAUUACUCAAAUGAA